ACUGCAGCUCUACCGUGGGCGGAGACAACCGGCUGAACACAGAAUAAAUACGGUUGACAGACAUGUGCACAGCUUUUGCUACAGAUCCGGAUCCUGCACCGCUUCCUGGCUGCCUGAUUCUGCUGCCUGUUGCUGAAGAUGGAGAAGAACCAGGACAGAAGCCUCCAGAAGAAAUCUGUUCGCCCCAUUGCAGCGAUUUGUAGCAACAUGGGGAUCGGGAAGGACGGAACGCUCCCCUGGAGUCUACCGUCUGAAUUCCAGUACUUUAUGGACACCAUCUCGAGAGUAUCAAGACCAGGAAAUAUGAAUUUGAUGAUAUGGGGAAGGUUGUGCUGGAACUCCCACCCAAAAAGUAUGUUCCCAGUGCCCAACUCUUUGCAUGUGGUGCUGAGUAAAACGCUGAGCACAGUCCCAGAUCACGCCCACUUCUUGUGUCAAGACUUUGAGAGUGCCAUUCGCCUGGCUGCAGAGCCCCCACUCGCUGAUAUUAUAGAGACCAUCUGGAUUCUUGGUGGGACACGUGUCUAUGAGGAUGCAUUAAAGCACCCAUGGUGUGACCUGCUGUACCUGACAGACGUCAUGGCCAACUUUGACUGUGAUGUCUUCUUCCCAGAGUUUGACAGAAAGUUAUUUAAAGUGCAGGAAAGAUUUCCAGAUGUGCCGAGUGACGUUCAAGAGGAGAACGGGAUAAAGUUCAAAUGCCAAGUGUUCAAGAGAGACGGCUGACACCGUGUAGAUAAGAAAAAAGAAAAACGUGAAUUUGACUCCAUCAGAAAACACCUUAUCAUCCAUUUUCCUUUUAAAGCUCUGCUUCUAACAUCAUUUAGUGAAGACAAUCACUAGAUUGUAAAGACUCAGUGUGUCAGAGUGUUUUUGCAAAUUUAUGGAAAGUCUUGUGAAGACUUAUAAUGACUCAGCAUUCCUCAUCUUAAAUCACUUUAAGAACAGACACAUACCCGAACAUAUUUCUGCAUUUAUUAGUCUUUCCCCACAUUUUGUAAUCUUAGCUGACAUGUGAUGAUAAGAACUGGUUUAAAGAAAAAACCUUCAGCUGUCAUCUUGUCUGUUGGGUGUGUUCCCGUCUCGUCCUCCCACUCGUCGACUGCAGCUGCACAGAAAACAUGUUGACAGCAGCCUACAUGAAAACUCUAACUUUCACAGCAGAUCUGCGCCUUUCUUAGCCAACACAACACGUACUGGUUUCCUGUCAUACUCCAGUAAUGGUUUUAUUUAUACAGAUGUGAGGACAUGAUCAGUGUUGUUCUGGCUGGAAAUGUAUUUAUUAUUCUUUUCUUUUUAAUGCCUCCUUAUGAUUUUUAAUUCCAGAAAACAAGGAAAGUUUGAACUUUUAAUUAAGAAAUAAGCAACAGCAUGUUAAUAUUUGAUAGACUUGAAUAAAAUUAUUAUUUAUUUAGUUGUAGUUGAUCCAUUUAGCCACUAGAUGGUGACAUAAGCAAGUCUUCAGCUUUCUUGUACCUGAAUAUUGUAAUUAUAUUACAGGUUUCAAACCAUAUAAUGUGAUCUAUUAAAAAAACGGAUUGUUUUGUAGUAAACUGAGUAAAUUCUAACAUCCUUUGCUCAUA